CCACCGGCAGCGGCCAAUGAGCGGCCGCUCGACCAGGACGGUAGUGGCGGCCGUCGCAUUGGCCGCCGCCGCCGCCGCGGCGCUCUGGACGACCGCGUCCGCAGCCACGCUCACACGCGUCGUCCAGACGAGAUACGGAAAACUGCAGGGCGUGGUGCGCACCGUGGACGCGACCGUGUCUGGUGGUGGCAGUGGUCCAGGUGGCCGCGCAGUCGGCACCGUUGACACGUUCCUCGGCGUGCCGUACGCCACUCCGCCCGUCGGUUCCAACCGGUUUGGACCCACGCGCACGCCAUCGCCGUGGGAUGGCGUCCGGUUGGCCGAAACGCUCGGUCCCGUGUGCCCGCAACGGCUGCCCGACGUGUCUAACGAGACGGCGGCCCUGCAGCGCAUGCCCGUCGGCCGGCUCGUCUACCUCAAGCGCCUGCUGCCGUACCUGCGUAACCAGUCCGAAGACUGUCUGUAUCUGAACAUCUACGCCCCGUCACAAGGAAGUAGAAUCAUCCAGAAGUAUCCCGUGCUCGUGUUCAUACACGGAGAGUCUUACGAAUGGAAUUCUGGAAACCCAUACGACGGACGUGUGUUAGCCAGCAACGCGGAACUAGUAGUAGUCACGUUGAACUACAGGCUGGGCGUAUUAGGAUUCUUAAACGUUAAUGGCUCACCCAACUCCAGAGCCCGCGUGUCCAACUACGGUCUGAUGGACCAAAUAGCAGUGCUCCACUGGGUGCAACAGAACAUAGCUCCGUUUGGCGGCGACCCGGAUAACGUUUCACUGAUGGGUCACGGGCCUGGUGCUGCUUGUAUAAACUUCUUGUUGAUAUCUCCGACCGUCGUGCCAGGACUGUUCCGGCGGGCAAUACUGCUGUCGGGCUCGGCGCUGAGCAGCUGGGCGCUGGUCGAGGACCCGGUAUCGUAUGCGCUGGACCUGGCUAAGCAAGUGAACUGUACGACCGCGGAAGGCAAUGACCCCGAGCCGGUGGUGGACUGCCUGCGCGAGGUGCCUCUGGACCAGCUCAUGUCAGUCGGCGUCGCGAUGCCCACGUACCUGAGCGCAUUUGGGCCCAGCGUGGACGGUGUAGUGGUAAAGAGUAACUACCAGGAGGACGUCAUCGCUAACCUGUUGCCCGAAUUCGACGGGUACAGCGGAUCCAGCGUCGCGUUCGGUGCGCGCAAGUUUCAGAAGUUCGAGUUCGGCAGCGGCGUCAACAAGUACGACCUGCUGUUCGGCGUCGUCACCAGUGAGGCACUCUGGAGGUUCAGCUCCAGCGACGUACAGGCCGGUUUUGAAGGCGAUCGCCGUGACAAGAUCCUUCGCACUUAUGUCCGAAACGCCUACAGCUACCAUCUAUCCGAGAUAUUCUUUACCAUCGUCAAUGAGUACACGGACUGGGAGCGGACCGUGCUGCAUCCGAUCAACACCAGAGACGCGACUAUCGCGGCGCUCAGCGACGCGCAGUACGUGGCACCUCUGGUGCACACAGGUGACAUGCUCAGCCAGCCCAAGGCAUCUGUCAACGAUGACCUGAAAGAGCGCAGCACGAAAUCCUUUUUCUAUGUGUUCGACUAUCAGACGCGGGAUGGUGAUUAUCCGCAAAGAAUAGGAACUGCUCACGGAGAAGAACUGCCAUACAUGUUUGGUGCUCCAAUGGUAAACGAUGGUAUGAACCAUUUUUCAAGGAAUUAUACAAAAGCGGAAGCCGCGUUAUCAGAUGCUAUGAUUCUAUACCUGGGAAAUUUUGCAAGAACUGGGGAUCCAAACAAUCACGACGAUAAGCUCGAUUCCGGGUCCAAGGAGAGGAACAGGUUUCGAAGCGUCACGUGGGACGAAUACGACCCAGUGCACCAAAAGUAUUUAGAAAUAAGCAUGAAGCCGCGUAUGAAAAACCACUUCCGGGCUCAUCAGUUGUCCGUGUGGCUGCGACUGAUACCGGAACUGCACCGGGCCGGCAUGGAGGACGUGAUGUUGCGGCACAACCUGUUCCGGAAUCAUGACGACGCGGACCUGUACGAGGGCGUGGUUAGGCCGGACCCGCUGUCCAGACGGGCACCUCAGCAGGCCACAGUGAACCGUUUCACGGCCAACGGUACGGUGGCCGAGGUGGUGCAGUCGUUGACGACCACGGAGCGGCCGCAGUGGCCGGCCGAGACGACCACGUGCGUGCCACCGGCGCGUGGUCCAAACGCGUCCAACGCGUCCACAUCGGCCGAGGACGCGUUAGCUACGCUGGGCGCGGCCGGCUACGCUGCGUACUCGACCGCACUGCACGUGACCAUCGCUUUGGGUGUGUCGCUACUGGUACUCAACGGGCUACUGCUGGUCAUCAUAUGUUACCAGAAGGACCGGUUUAAGUGCCUGCAGCAUCAGCAGCAUCCCGGCAGCGGUGGCGGACUCCAGGAGGCGGCCGACCACUGCCAGAAGUCAGUCAGGUACAAGGCGGCCGCGGUGCCGGACGACCGGGUGCAGCUGUCCGUGGAGAAGUCCGGAUACGACCAGCAACAUCAGCAUCACCAUCAUCACCAGCAGCAGCAGCAUACUCCUGCGGACGUGGUGGCGGUGGAAAUGGAGCAGAGGCAUCAUCACCAUCACGUCGGCCACCACCACCAUCACCAUCACGUACCGAUCGCGGUCGGACCAACGCCGCCGCCGCCACCGUUGGCGCAGCAACAUCACAUGCAGCAGCAGACGAACGCGACGGCCGUGCGCAUGUCCGCCGGCCACGACAUGACGUUCCCGAAAGCGACCAAGCCGAGAUCGACCGCGUUGCACGACCACCAGGCCGGCCCGCCUAACGGGUCCGUGGUGCACGGCACGCUGCCCAAACCGCCACCACCGCCCAGGUCGACGGUGGCCCAGUCGCAAGAGUCGCAGCCGCUCCUGGUGCAGCAGGGGGGCGUGGGCCUGAACCAGUUGCCCAAGACCGGUACGCUCAAGAUGCCAGUGGCCGCCAUGAGUGAAAUGAGGGUGUGACCACCGACACCGCAUCCACACCGGACACCUUGCUCCCCGACCCGUUUGCCUCGACGAGUUACGUGCCGUCCGCACCUGUACAUAUCGCGACAUUAUUAUCGCUACCGACGGGGUUACCGCGACCACUUUACCGAGGACACGUCGUCGAAUCACCGUCGUCCACGCGCCUCGAAUAUCGCAACGAUGUUUCUAACUGCGUUCAAAUGUUUUACGAUACUAUUACCGAAAGAUGUAAUUACUUAUGUUGUGUUUUACGUAAUUUCAUUAUUUCAUACGUACUAUCGAUUGCGGCAAUAUAGUUUAUAAAUAUGGAAAAUAAAACGAUCAAUCAGUACAGAUCGCGAACGAUCAGAUCGAUUACCAACAGAUCUGUGAGGUAGUAAUAAUAAUCUAUGCCCCUUAUUAGGUAUGUAUACAUCCGUACGGUGGGCAGUAACAAUAGUUAUUACAUUUGAAUAUACAAAGAAAUUUUUUUUUAAAAUUGAUUCGAAUGUUUUGGUGAUAUUUCAAUGACUACGUAUGAUAUCGAUAUUAUUAUCUCGGACGGUGAUGUCGAAGAUACGAAUAAAAAAUGCGUUUAAUUAACUUUAUGUAUAUAAAUAUAUAAAUCAUAUUAUUAUUAUUUCUCACCCACGCGAUUGACCGAACCCUGCUGCAGUUUUUGCUUAGGAUUUCUAGUUUUGUUAUCAAAUGUUUUCAAUGUCCUGUAUAAUUAUACGUUUAUACACGUGAUUUGAAUAGUUCCGGUUCUCGUCCCGCUGCCGAUCGACUAACUAAUAACGAUCAAACGGUACUGAUGUACGACGACGACAAACAACGUGUGUCGAUUACCCGGUGUAUCGUUAUGGCGUGCGAUUUCCACGUGCGUGAAAACGAUCGAAUUCAGAACACUGCCUACCUUCCCCGCCUUCUCCCUCUCAGCCAAUUACUUCGUUUAUCGUCGUGCUGUCACGUGCGAGAAAAAAAUAUGACACUUGCAGUUAUUCUUGCAUGAAGACAACCGAUCAGGUAACUUGACAGAAUACUCACAAUGUUUACGCGGAUCGACGGAGAAAAAUUAACGGAAAAAUAUUUUAAGACCGAAAUGAAAAAAUAAAAAAAAAUAACAACGAAAUACGCUAAAAGCUAAUUUUAGGAGGAAAAAAAUUAAGACUAGGAGUUAGUCUGCAUUUACGUACGAAUGUGUACAUGAACGUACGACAUGUACGCGUAUAUCAUUAGGGUGACCCGUAUUUUGUGUCUCGUUGUCCCAACAAACUUUUAACAACACUUGUGUCCCGUCUCAAAUCUAUGUCUAGUUUUUUAUGUUCACAAUGUUACGAGCUUGCUUUGAAACACCCAGAGAUAUUAAAUUCAAUAUGUUCUUUGGAUCAGUACAGAAAACAAAUAAUGUAAAAUUCAGAAAAAAAAACAACUAA